CCCAUAUCCUGCCCAAUUUAAGAACCACUGGACAUGGAUUUGAUUGACAUACUUUGGAGGCAAGAUAUAGAUCUUGGGGUAAGUCGAGAAGUAUUUGACUUCAGUCAACGACGGAAGGAGCAUGAACUGGAAAAACAGAAAAAACUUGAAAAGGAAAGACAAGAACAACUCCAAAAGGAGCAAGAGAAAGCCUUUUUUGCUCAAUUACAACUAGAUGAAGAAACAGGUGAAUUCCUCCCAAUUCAGCCAGCCCAGCACAUCCCAUCAGAAACCAGUGGAUCUGCCAACUACUCCCAGGUUGCCCACAUUCCCAAACCAGAUGCUUUGUACUUUGAUGACUGCAUGCAGCUUUUGGCAGAGACAUUCCCGUUUGUAGAUGACAAUGAGGUUUCUUCAGCUGCGUUUCAGUCACUUGUUCCUGAUAUUCCCAGCCAAAUCGAGAAUCCAGUCUUCAUUGCUCCUAAUCAGGCUCAGUCACCUCAAACUCUCGUCGUUCAGUCAGUCAUUGCUGAUCUAGACAAUAUGCAGCAGGACAUCGAGCAAGUUUGGGAGGAGCUGUUAUCCAUUCCAGAAUUGCAGUGUCUUAAUAUUCAAAAUGACAAGUUGGUUGAGACUAGCACGGUUCCAAGUCCAGAAACCAAAAUGACAGAAAUUGACAACAGUUACCAUUUCUUCCCAUCAAUGCCCUCGUUGGAAAAAGAAGUAGGUAACUGCAGUCCACAUUUUCUCAGUGCUUUCGAGGAUUCCUUUAGCAGCAUUCUCUCCACAGAAGAUUCCAGCCAGCUGACCGUGAACUCAUUAAAUUCAGAUGCCACAAUUAACACAGAUUUUGGUGAUGAAUUUUAUUCUGCUUUCAUAGCAGAACCCAGUAGUAGCAACAGCAUGCCCUCCUCUGCUACUUUAAGCCAGUCACUCUCUGAACUUCUUAAUGGGCCCAUUGAUGUUUCUGAGCUAUCACUUUGUAAAGCCUUCAACCAAAAUCAUCCUGAAAGCACAGAAUUCAAUGAUUCUGACUCUGGCAUUUCACUCAACACAAGUCCUGGCAUGGCAUCACCAGAACACUCGGCGGAAUCUUCUGUCUAUGGAGACACGCCACUUGGCUUCAGUGAUUCUGAAAUGGAAGAGAUAGAUAGUGCUCCUGGAAGUGUCAAACAGAAUGGUCCUAAAACACCGCCAGUACAGUCUGCCGGAGAUACAGCCCAACCCCUGUCACCAUCUCCAGGGCACAGCGCUCCAGCGCGGGAUGCCCAGCGCGAAAACACACCAAAGAAAGAAUUGCCUGUGAGCCCUGGUCAUCGAAAAACCCCAUUCACAAAAGACAAACAUUCAAGCCGCUUGGAGGCUCAUCUCACGAGAGAUGAGCUAAGGGCAAAAGCUCUCCAUAUCCCAUUCCCUGUUGAAAAAAUCAUUAACCUCCCUGUUGAUGACUUCAAUGAAAUGAUGUCCAAGGAGCAGUUCAGUGAGGCUCAACUGGCAUUAAUUCGAGAUAUACGCAGGAGGGGUAAGAAUAAAGUGGCUGCUCAGAAUUGCAGAAAAAGAAAACUGGAAAAUAUAGUGGAACUGGAACAAGAUUUGGAUCAUUUAAAAGAUGAAAAAGAAAAAUUGCUUAGAGAAAAAGGGGAGAAUGACAAAAGCCUCCAUCUACUGAAAAAACAACUCAGCACCUUGUAUCUCGAAGUCUUCAGCAUGCUCCGUGAUGAAGAUGGAAAACCUUACUCUCCUAGUGAAUACUCCCUGCAGCAAACAAGAGAUGGCAAUGUAUUCCUUGUGCCCAAAAGUAAGAAGCCAGAUACUAAGAAAAACUAGAUUUGGGAAGAUCUGACCUUUUUCUGAGCUAGUGGGUUGUUUGUUUUGGGGAUUGUUUUUUGUUUUUUUGUACUGUUAUACUAAAAGCUCCUACUGUGAUGUGAAAUGCAAAAAUAUACUUUAUAAGUAAUUCUAUGCAAAAUUAUAGUCAAAACUAGUAUAGAAGAUAAUACAAACUUUAAAAAGCAUUAAAAUAAGUCAUCAGUAUGCUGAAUCAGUAGUUUUCACUUUAACUGCAAACUUAAUUUCUUAGAACACCAUUUGGGCUAGUUUCUGUAUAAGUGUAAAUACUACAAAAACUUAUUUAUACUGGUCUUAUCUCAUUUGUUACGUUCAUUUAUAUGGUAUCUGGCUAAGAGCAAAUUGUUGCAAAACUAACCACUGUGUACUUUUUUAUAAAUACUGUAUGAACAAAAAAGGCAUUUUUUUAUAUUAAAUUGUUUAGCUCUGGCAAAAACCAAUUUAGUUAAAAAGCUGGUACUAAUAAAGGAGUAUUAUGACUGUUA